AAAGGUUUCUGGUGGGGGGUUUUUUUUUGUUUGUUUUUUUGUUUUAAGUUUGAGAGCACCUAAUUCUCAUUUAGUCCGUCCUUCCCUUCCUGGGUAAGGAGGCUGGGACCCAAAGAGGUGGAUUCCUUUGUGUUAAAUACUUUGAAGUAGUGUUGGAAGAAGUCCUUAAGUUCAUUCAGCAAAAUUGGGAGGCUUCUUUUCACCUUCCUGCAUAGUCAAGGUAGAGCCAUUUCUAAACGGACUGGAAACCGUGGCCCAUUGGAAGAAAGAGAGGACGAUGAUUCUGUGGACAGUGAAUAUAUGUUUUGCAGUUACGACUUCAGCAGAGGAGGACCCAGGAACAGCUGGCUAACCAAGGCAUAACGCCACACUGAAGACUCCUUGAAGCACAAGGUCAGAAACAGGCCCGAUCGUGCCGCUGACGUGGUUAAUAUGCACAUACUCCAAGCCUCCACUGCAGAGAGGUCCAUCCCAACUGCUCAGAUGAAGCUGAAAAGAGCCCGACUCGCAGAUGAUCUCAAUGAAAAGAUCGCCCUCCGGCCAGGACCACUGGAGCUGGUGGAGAAGAAUAUACUCCCCGUGGAUUCUGCUGUGAAGGAGGCCAUAAAAGGUAACCAGGUGAGUUUUUCCAAAUCGGCAGAUGCAUUUGCCUUCGAAGAGGACAGCAGCGGUGAUGGGCUUUCUCCGGACCAGGCUCGAAGCGAGGACCCCCAGGGCUCAGCAGGAUCCCCUGCGGACACUAAAGCUUCAGAGACCCCUUUGGCGGGUCCUCUGGGGCCAGUCCAGGAUCAUUCUUCUGGCUCCGAAAAUGACAGGAAAGACUCAGCCUCCCAGCCCAGCAACCAGUCAGACACGGGGAUGCAGGGGCUCGGCCCUCUUGGUAACCCCAUCGCUGUGCACGCUGCCGUGAAGUCCAAGUCCUUGAGUGACAGUAAGAACCGCCACAAAAAGCCCAAGGACCCCAAGCCCAAAGUGAAGAAGCUCAAAUAUCACCAGUACAUCCCCCCCGACCAGAAGGCAGAGAAGUCCCCUCCGCCCAUGGACUCGGCCUACGCCCGGCUACUCCAGCAGCAGCAGCUCUUUCUGCAGCUCCAGAUCCUGAGCCAGCAGCAGCAACAACAGCACCGGCUCGGCUACGCCGGGCUUCACCAAGCUCAGCUCAAGGAGCCAAAUGAACAGAUGGUCAGAAAUCCAAACUCUAGUUCAACACCACUGAGCAGUACCCCUUUGUCUCCUGUCAAAAACAGCUUUUCUGGACAAACUGGUGUCUCUUCUCUCAAACCAGGCCCACUGCCAUCAAACCUAGAUGAUCUGAAGGUCUCCGAAUUAAGACAGCAGCUUCGAAUCCGGGGUCUGCCGGUGUCAGGCACCAAGACGGCCCUCAUGGACCGUCUGCGGCCCUUCCAGGACUGUUCGGGGACCCCCCUGGCUAACUUCGGGGACAUCACGACGGUCACUUUCCCCGUGACGCCCAGCAGCGCGCUGCCCGGCUACCAGUCCUCCCCGUCCACCGGCGCCUUAUCCAACGGCUUCUACCACUUCGGCAGCACCAGCUCCAGCCCCCCGAUCUCGCCCGCCUCCUCCGACCUGUCGGCGGCGGGGUCCCUGCCCGACCCCUUCAACGAUGCGUCCCCGUCUCUCUGCCUGCACCCGUCCCCGCUCCCCGCGUGCGCCGACGAGAGCCUCCUGAGCAGCCUGAACGGGGGCUCCCUUGGCCCCGAGCUGGACGGGCUGGACUCCGAGAAGGACAAGAUGCUGGUGGAGAAGCAGAAGGUGAUCAACGAGCUCACCUGGAAGCUCCAGCAGGAGCAGCGCCACGUGGAGGAGCUGAGGCUGCAGCUGCAGAAGCAGAAGAGGAGCACCUGCCCUGAGAAGCCGCCGCCCUUCUUGGCCGUCCCCGUCAAGCAGGAGGACGCCGCGUCCAGUUGUCCCUUCACGCCCCAGCAGAGACCUGGGAAGAGACAGGGCCUCAGCUCAGAGGGCCGAGCGCAGGCCUGCGAAGCGGCGGGGCGCCGGCCCCCGGGGUCCGCUCCGUGCGCCGAGCUGGCCUCGGGCCCCAGCGACGCGCUGCCGUCCACGUUUCUCAGCCCCCAGUGCUCCCCUCAGCACUCGCCGCUGGGCGCUGUCAAAAGCCCGCAGCACAUCAGCUUGCCCCCAUCCCCCAACAACCAUUACUUCCUCCCCUCCUCUUCGGGUGCCCAAGGGGAAGGGCACAGGAUCUCCUCACCUGCCAGCAACCAGAACUCAGGGCAUGAGAGCCAUCCUGCAAGCUUCUCUCCCCAGUCCUCCGGCCUCCACCCCCCUUUCCCUGGAGCCCAGGCAGACAGCAGUCAUGGUGCUGGGGGCACCCCUCGUCCCAAAAGCCCAGGGGUCCAGCAAAAGAUGGCUGGUUUACACUCUUCUUCUGAGAAGACAGGGCCAAAGUUUUCCAUUCCAUCCCCAACUUUUUCCAAGUCAACUUCAGCAGUUCCAGAGAUAACCCAGCCUCCGUCCUAUGAAGAUGCCGUAAAGCAGCAAAUGACUCGGAGUCAACAGAUGGAUGAGCUCCUAGAUGUCCUCAUUGAAAGUGGAGAAAUGCCAGCUAACGCUAGAGAGGAUCAUUCGUGUCUUCAAAAAGUCCCCAAGAUACCCGGGUCUUCCCGAAGCCCCCCAGCUGCCCUGCCCAAACCCUCAUCUUCGGGGGGCCAGCUCUCCUUUGAUCACUACGGCACCGAGAGUGAUGAGCACCUUGAAGUCUUAUUAAAUUCCCAGAGCCCCUUAGGGAAGGUGAGCGAUGUCGCCCUGCUAAAAAUUGGGAGCGAAGAGCCUCCUUUCGAUGGGAUAAUGGAUGGAUUCUCCGGGAAGGCAGCAGAAGACCUGUUCAGCGCCCACGAGAUCUUGGCAGGCCCCCUCUCCCCGAUGCAGACUCAGUUCUCCCCCUCCUCUGUGGACAGCAGUGGGCUGCCGCUAAGCUUCACCGAAUCUCCUUGGGAAACCAUGGAGUGGCUGGACCUCACUCCGCCAAGCUCCACGCCAAGCUUUAGCUCCCUCGGCACCGGUGGCCCCAGCAUCUUUAACAUUGAUUUCCUGGAUGUCACGGAUCUCAAUCUGAAUUCCCCCAUGGACCUUCACUUACAGCAGUGGUAGAAUGCAUGGGCAGAGGCACCAAGGGGGACCAGUGGGAAUUCCACGGGGGAAAAGCAGACAACCAAAAUCACUCCUAUCAUCCAAAAAGAGGAGGAGGAGGAGGAGAGAAUUACAAAGAAACAGUGGAGACUUCUGUGACCAUCAGUGAGAGCAAAAAGGAGUCUUUAUAUAUAUAUAUAUAUACAUAUAUAUAUAUAUAUAUGAUGUAAUAUUUACCGACAUUCAGUAACUGUCAAUGAUUUCAGCAAUGCAUUCAGAAAUGUGCUUUCUCAGAUCAGGAAUGCCAAAAAAAAAAAAAAAUUCUUUCACUGCCUUUUCAAACACCAGUAUUUUUGCAACCCCUGAUUUUUCUCAGGCAUUGUUCGGGCAUAUUCUCACAUCGUAAGCCUCUCUCGCAGAUUCAUUAGAUGUGGUGCGGAAAGGACAUGGAGCUCUUUUGGAGUACAGGGAAUGUAAUAGCAUAACCAUCGACGUUUCUGGAAGACAGACCAUGGUGGAGGCUGCUUGCCAUCCCUCCCCUCUCUGUCGUUCAACAUAGAAGUCAGGUCCCACUUCCGUUAGGUUCUUGAGGUAGGCUAGAGGGACAGAACCAAUCCAUUCCCAGGGAAAGGAAAUCAGCUGGGCCACAAAGCUGCCCCCUUUUGGUGAUUCCAGCCGGGACCCAGGACUCUGUGUGGUCACGGAUAACAAUGACCCUACAUUUGAUCCACAGAACCCCACUGAGAAUUUCCCUCCUUGUCAACCAGUCGCCAGAUCACUCCCACUGUCUCUAUGAAGCAGGAAACAGCCAAGAACCUUAAAGCAAACUAAACCCAAAACCUCCUGCCAUGGAAAGUUCCCCAACACAACCCCCUUUAGUUUCCAAGACUGGAGGUGACCCCAUAAGCAGAUGGCAAGCCAUACCAGGGAUCAUUCAGACAGCGCUAGAAAACCUUGUUUCAUGUGUCACGAGAAUAAAUACCAUGGGUUCCUACAACGGGAUGGCGAUUUAUGGAGGUCCAACUUUUUUUUGGCAGGGGAGGGAUUUGGGGUCCACCUCUGUUUAUCUUUCUCCAACUUUUCUUUCAAGAAACCAAUCUUUUCUUGCUCAUCUUUUGAAACUCUUUCUUUUUUCUGCCCCAACAUCAGGAGGACUCCUCAGAUCUAACAAGCUGCCAUACUCCUAAUAAAGCCAUAUUUUAAAAAGCUAAAACUCCAUGUUCUCCCGGAGAACU